CAUUUUUCGUACGUCGGCGGCCACAUUUUCCCCUUCUUUCCCUUCCAUACGCUCCAUCUUUGUUCUCUCCUUUCCUUCAACCUUCUCCGCUCUCUCUCUCUCUCUCUCUCUCUCCAGCCACUCUGCAGGUCUUGGUUACCGGAAGAACAGCAGCCAUGUCUUUCCGAGGGGCUAACGCUCAAUCUGGGAUGGGUGUGGCGGACCACUGCAAGAGCGCGUAUCUGGAGCUGCAGAGGAAGAAGGUGCACCGCUACAUAGUCUUCAAAAUCGACGAGAAGAAGAAAGAGGUCGUGGUGGAGAAGACCGGGGGUCCCGCCGAGAGCUACGAGGACUUUACCUCCUCUUUGCCCGAGAACGACUGCCGAUAUGCUGUCUACGACUUUGAUUUUGUUACCUCCGAGAACUGUAAGAAGAGCAAGAUCUUCUUCAUCGCAUGGUCCCCUGCCGUGUCUCGAAUUCGAGCAAAAAUGCUGUAUGCAACAUCAAAGGACCGUUUCAGGAGGGAGCUCGAGGGGAUCCACUACGAGAUCCAGGCAACUGACCCUACUGAGAUGGACCUCGAAGUGCUCCAAGACCGUGCGCACUAGAAAUGCACUUUGUGAAAGACUAAACUUGUGCUGAUCAAGUGUAGUAUCUCUGUCUCUCUCUCUCUAUCCCUCUAGUUGAAGAAAAAAGAUAUGCUCUACAUAUCUCCGUAAAUAAUUGACCCACCUGCGAAGGCUGACUACGGUUCUUCCUGCUGAGAAUGCCCUGGGUUUCAGGGAAUAUCAGCCCUUCCUGUGAUGAUGCUUCUCAGGUGGAAUUCGAUAUGGCUUAUUGUUGCUGAGUGAUGAGAACUCACAUUGUAUGUUAUAAAUGUUAUGAAAUGGUGUUCCAUCUAUAGUGACUUUUAGUUUUUGAUAUAGGUUUUCUCUUAGAUUCAUUUUUGGGCAAUUUGACUGACUAGGAUGCCUUGCAUCUUCUGUGGCACGACAUUCUGUGGGAUCAUUGUCUUUGGCUCUAGGCAUUUGUGGGCAUUAGUUUAGCUGUUGUUUUCACAUAUCAAGUGAAAAUGGGUCUUGCAAAAGAUUAUUUUUGCAAUAAUCAGUUGUAGUUAUUGA